UGGCCGGCCGACGUAAUGCGUGCGGGGCGCAUGCGCAGCAGAGCCGCACUGAGCACGUACCGUGUUCGCGUUCCCAUGGCUCGUGAUCCCGGCUUGGGCUCCUCGCUGCGGCUGCUCACCUUGCUCUCGCUCCUGUCCGCCCCGUGGCUCUCGAGAGGGACCGGGCAGGCUACUAGCAUGGUCCAGCUACCAGGUGGGAGAUUCCAGAUGGGAACAAAUUCACCAGAUGGCAGAGAUGGUGAAGGGCCCGUCCGGGAGGUGACAGUAAAACCAUUUGCCAUUGACAUAUUUCCUGUCACCAACAAAGAUUUCAGGGAGUUUGUCAGAGAGAAAAAGUACCGGACAGAGGCUGAGACGUUUGGGUGGAGCUUCGUCUUUGAGGACUUUGUCUCUGAUGAGCUUAGAAACAAAGUGACCCAGCAAAUGGAGUCUGUUCUUUGGUGGCUUCCAGUGGAAAGGGCAUUUUGGAGGCAGCCUGCAGGUCCCGGCUCUGGCAUCCGAGAGAGACUGGAGCUCCCAGUGGUACACGUGAGCUGGAAUGAUGCUCGUGCCUACUGUGCUUGGCGGGGGAAACGGCUGCCCACUGAGGAAGAGUGGGAGUUUGCUGCCCGAGGGGGCUUGAAGGGUCAGGUUUACCCAUGGGGAAACUGGUUUCAGCCAAACCGCACCAACCUUUGGCAGGGGAAGUUCCCCAAGGGUGACAAGGCUGAGGAUGGCUUCCAUGGAGUCUCCCCAGUGAACGCUUUCCCCCCACAGAAUAACUAUGGGCUCUAUGACCUCGUGGGCAACGUGUGGGAGUGGACAGCUUCACCAUACCAGGCUGCUGACCAGGACAUGCGUGUCCUCCGGGGAGCAUCCUGGAUUGACACAGCUGAUGGCUCUGCCAAUCACCGGGCUCGGGUCACCACCAGGAUGGGCAACACUCCAGAUUCAGCGUCAGACAACCUAGGCUUCCGCUGUGCUUCUGAUACAGGCGGACCACAUGGGGAGCUGUGAGCAGCCAUGCAGAGCCUAGGAGAAGAGUCCACCGUGGUAUCCAUGCCCCUCCCUGGCCACAUUCCAAACGUAGCCAAACUCCAGGCUCUUCAACUUCAGCCUCAGAAAUGUCCUCCCUCCCUUUCCCCCAUCCCUCUAUGGCAGGCACCUCUCACCAGGGCAGGAGAGGACUCUGACAUCAGAGGAGGGGUGCCACUGUCUCUUGGAGAAGGGACCAAAUUAUUGAUUGUGGCCAGGAGCUGGGUGUUUCUCUUAGAGGUCAAAUAUUAACCACAUAGGGGCCAAAUUCUCAAACAGUCGGGGCAGAGUGCUCUUAAAGACAGUUUGUUAAAAAAUUGUUUUCUCCCCUUUUUUCGUGUCUGAUUCAGGGAUCUGACAUUGUUUUCUCAAGGCAAAAUUUCCCGGGUUUUCUUUGUUUUUCCAAGGAAAAUGCUUCCUUCAUUUGCCUCAUUGAUGGUGUUUCGUGUGCCUCUGAAAGAACCUAAUUUCCACAAUUGUAAAAUGCAAUAACUGGGCUCUUUAAAGCGCGAUGUCAGUUCUAAAAGGGUCCAGGAGAACAGAAUGAUUUACCAGGCAAAACUAUGCAUCAUGGAAGUCACAAAGUAAAUAAUACUCCAGAAAGACAAAUAUUAGAAGCUUCCCUUUCUAUUGUUAAUUAUGUAAGGGCUUCCAUAUGCCUCUAAAAACAUGUCCCCAGAGAGAAAACCUUCUCCCAUGGUGUCACUGGAUGUUGUAAGGUCAGUAAACUCUCCUGUGAUUGUGUA